CUAGAACACCCAUCGGGCUUUCCUGAAAACCCUCCUUCGACAAAAUCAUGGCCAACUCGACGGGGAAGGCGCCUCCGGACGAGCGGAGAAAGGGGCUCGCUUUCCUGGACGAGCUGCGGCAGUUCCACCACAGCCGAGGGUCGCCUUUUAAGAAGAUCCCCGCGGUGGGUGGGAAGGAGCUGGAUCUGCACGGGCUCUACACCAGAGUCACUACUUUAGGCGGAUUCGCAAAGGUUUCAGAGAAGAAUCAGUGGGGAGAAAUUGUGGAAGAGUUCAACUUUCCCAGAAGUUGUUCGAACGCAGCCUUUGCUUUAAAACAGUAUUACUUGCGUUACUUAGAAAAGUAUGAGAAAGUUCAUCAUUUUGGGGAGGAUGAUGAUGAGGUACCACCAGGCAAUCCAAAGCCACAACUUCCUAUUGGUGCAAUUCCAUCUUCCUACAACUACCAGCAACACAGUGUAUCAGAUUAUCUGCGUCAAAGUUAUGGGCUAUCUAUGGACUUCAAUUCGCCAAAUGAUUAUAAUAAAUUGGUGCUUUCACUGUUAUCUGGACUCCCGAAUGAAGUGGACUUUGCUAUUAAUGUAUGCACUCUUCUAUCAAAUGAAAGCAAACACGUGAUGCAACUCGAAAAAGACCCUAAAAUCAUCACUUUAUUACUUGCUAAUGCUGGGGUGUUUGAUGACACUUUAGGAUCCUUUUCUACUGUGUUCGGAGAAGAAUGGAAGGAGAAGACUGAUAGAGAUUUUGUUAAGGUAAGUUACGUAGAUUAAACUAUUGAUCCAUCAGUUCUAUGGAGCAAAGGGUCAG